AUGCAGAGUCUUCCACUAGAUGUCGCCGUUGAUGUUGAGGACCUCCUCGAUCCGAUUCCUGCCGAUGAACCUUACACUCAGUUAGAGGACGCUGUGAUCCAGCUUGUGGCUAAAUCGGAAAACAGGAUGCUUUGGGAGUUUUUUAUGCAAGUGGACCUCGGUGACCAAACGCCCUCACAGCUUAUGCGGCAAAUGCGUUCUUUGCUCGCCGGUCGCCAUAUGGACGACGCAAUCUUCCGACAAAUCUGGUUAGAUAAGUUGCCAAGAGAAUGAAACGCCGCGAACCUGUCCUAGAAUCGAGAACACGCCAAACCAAAGGAGAAAGAAACUUGACAAUCUACAAAGACCAGAUAGUCAAACGACCUUCCGCUCCCCUCUGGAUCAAGCCGAUUCGAAUGGCUGCACAGAUACCCCAGUAGCCUGUUUCGGGGUUGAAAACAAAUCUCGCAUUAACUUGAAACUCCUAUUUAUGUAUACUGAAGCGCAAGGUGUACUUUCAAAACUGGAUGAACUCCGUAUCCAUACCUUCGACCUCCACGCAUACGUUGUCUCAAUAACAGAAACAUGGUUGUCCGAACAGUUGAUGAUAGGGAGCGCAUGCUCCGUGGAGUUCAGCUGUUCCGCAGAGACAGAGAAAACAGAAGGGCUGAAGGCAUAGUAACAUUUGUUUAGAAUGGUUUUUACGUUUCAGAAAAAACUGUCAAAUUGACAUGUAGUACGGAAGCAUUAUGGUUGACCGUAAGGGCAUCUGGCUCUCAAACCUCGAUAUCUUGACAUUAUAUCGUCCUCCGAGAAAUUACUCUGACGCUGAUGCCCAAAUGCUGGAGGAGCUCAGAUUAUUUUCAACGCGGCAGACUACUCUCAUCUUUGGAGAUUUUAAUGCACCUCACACAAACUGGAGCUUGACUUCAGACGACUGCUCUGAAGCCGCAUUCGACCAGCAGCUACUGCGCACCUCCGACAAUCUGCUUCGCAUCCAACACGUAACGUUUCCAACGAGAGUUCGUGAGGGCCAACAAAUGAAGUACUUCGAUCUUGUGUUCACCAAGUCGUCUGGAAACAUCGACGUUGUGAAUUGCCUCCCCCGUUGGGUCAGAGUGAUCAUGUAGUUCUCAUGUGGGAAUACACCUUAUUCUCCCUGCCUGCACAACCGCUUGAUACCCGACCUAAUAUUAGCGCGGCGAUUUUGAACAGAUGAAAAAGGAUCUUAGUCCUAUCGACUGGGCAUCCACUCUCUCCGGCGAUGUCGAAGAGGUAUGUUGUCAGUUCCAAGAGUUAGUCUACAAACUCAUCUCCAACUACUGCCCAAUCGUGCGUAGAAGACUAACAAAUAAACCUCGCUGGUUGACUCCGUCCUUGAAGAAAGAAGUUAACAAGAAGAGAAAGCUAUGGGAAAGAUCCCUGACUGACCGGGCGCCAGAAUCCCUAAGCACUCAUAAGUUACAGAGAAAUCGGGGUCAAAAUUCUCAUUGCCAGAGAUCGGAAAACCUUUGGAAAAGGAUCUUUUGAACCGUGCCAUGGUUAAUUCCAAAGUCCUUUGCGGCCAGAUAAGACAGAGCACACCAAACAAAGAUCCCAUCCCACUGCUGCGAACGGCCGAGGGAACGGAAAUCUUCGAUGACAAGGAUAAGGCUGAACAUCUCUCUCAGUUCUUCCGGUCCGUCGUGACGAUUGAACCUGAUUUUUUCUCACCCACUUGCGAAGACGAAGAAACACCUACCAUCGAAACCGUCUUCUUCACCGAAACAAUCGUUCAGAAGGAGUAACUAAACCUGAUGCAUUCACGUUCAGGUUGCUGAAGGAGCUAGCUGCCGAAAUUUCCAAGGCGUUAGCCUUUAUCCUCCAAACGUCAUUUGUUACUGGAUGCCUGCCCUCUGAGUGGAAGUCCGCUACCAUCACUAGGCUUUUUAAGGGUGGAAGUCGUGCGUCUGCGAAUAACUACAGGCUAGUGAGUCUUACCUCCAUCUGUUGCACAAUCAUGGAGAAGAUCAUUAAGAAGUCCUUGAUGCAGUUCCUCGAGCAGCACCACUUCCUUUCCGUUGACCAACACAGCUUUCGAAGUGGUAGGUCCUGCCUCACGAAUCUGCUCUUUACGCUCGAACGCUGGACCAAGGCACGCGAUGAAGGCAAUGUGGUGCAGGCCAUCUACAUCGACUGCAAAAUGGCCUUUGCUAACGUUCCUCAUCAACGUCUCUUGCACAAACUGCGCAACUUUGGAAUUCGUGGACGCCUUCUUGUAUAA